AUGAGCUCGUUCUCCACAACAGAACGUCUAGCUGCAAAGCUGAAGAAGCCCAAGGAGGUAUACAGCUACUCCAUCACCGACGGUAAGGUGACUAUGGACCAAUCUCAGCUCAAGUACUACUACCUGCCUGAGGAGACUAUCCUGAAGGCUCCUAUCGAUCUGACCAAAGGCAUUGAGAAUUGGACACAGCCCAACGAGCACGAUACUCAUCUGGACACACUGCUCGAGUCGCUAAGUAAAUAUGAGCGCGAAACUGGAAGUAAAAUCGAUGCCGAAAUCAUCACUUGGCGUGGAAUCCUUACCAAGAUCAUGACCCAUCCUUACGACCAGUACAAUGAGCCUAUUGUGCUGAAUAUUACAUAUUUCGACGGACACUAUUUCAUUGAGGAAGACUGGCAGAGCAAGCAGCAAGGCAAGAAGGCGCCCGAUGAGCAGAUGAAGAAACACAUCUACUCCGGCUACAAGUUCGAGAGUGUAGCUCUACUGAACGAGCCAUGGUUCAAGAGCUCACGAGAGGACAUUGAAUCUCGUUUCGAUGAUAUCCCCAAUGGCGACCAGUUUGUGUCCGUGGUUCGAACACAGAUUGGAGACAACAAGAUCCUGAUCGGCGGAGAGGUGGAUUGUGUGUUCGAUCCUUGUGCCAAAGGCACUAGCCGAUAUGGAGAGCUGAAAACCUCUCGAGAAGUUCACAAUGCCAAGGACGGCGAGAUUCUGGAGCGAAAAAUGAACCGUGCUUGGGCUCAAUCAUUUCUACUCGGUGUGAAGCAUAUCAUCUACGGAUACAGAACGGGCGAUCAUAAGCUCGCAGCUGUUGAUUACUUCAAAACCGAAGAUCUGCCAAUGUACGCUGGUGCUUCCUCUACCUGGAGUGGAACUGAUGAGAUCAACUUUCUCAACGCUGCUUUGACUAAACUGAAGGAUCUGCCCAAGGAGGAUAACAAGUUGUGGAGACUGGUGUUUGACUCUGCCAACAAAAAGGUGGAUAUUACGGAACUUGACGGAGAGAGCUUCUUGCUCAAGGAGUUUGUUGACUGGCGAAAGUCAAUGUAA